UGUAAUCAUGUACAGAAAAUUACCAUUUAUUCGUAUUUUGACAGUGACAUAUUUGUUUGAUGGAAACCACUUUACCGCUAAUUGUUCUCAAUACAAGAAACUUUGGUCACAUAUUAAUAAGACAAUAAUGAGAUUUGUUCUAGUAGAAGAUAAAAGCAUUACUAGUAAAUCUCAUUGGGCCAUACAUCAGCAAAUAGUUGAUGGUGGAAAAUAUAUGCAACCUGACAGAGAGCUGGAACAUGUCAUGGAAUUAUUGUACAUUACUGAUGGCGUGAUACCAUUCUUGUCAAAAGUCUGUCAUGAAAUGUCUCAUCAGUCAAGUGAAAAACACAUUUGUACUAAAGAAGAGCUUCAAAGUCUUCGAGAACAACUAGAGCUACUUAAAAAUUAUCGUUUUGUAUUGGAGCAACUUAAUACAUCUGGACACAUAGGAAGGAUCAACUCUUUGCUAGAAAAAUAUGAAAUCAAUUGUCUAGUUGCUACUACAUGGCCAGCUUCAGAUGGCAGUAUCAACCAAACUGACAGUGCAGACAAUAAAAUCAAAUUUGUGAGAAGAGACAGAUCCAUGCCAAUUGAGCCACAAUCAAAUUAUUAUAAAGAAAUAUAUAACCUACUAAAAGCUAAUAAUAAGAAUGUAAGAACUGUAGUCAUUCUAGCACUGAAGAAUUUGGUUGAAUUGCAAAAAAUUAAAAGCCUCACUUAUUUUAAGCGAAUUGAUGUAGAGGAAACAAUUUUAAGGAUGCUGGUUUUGCUACAAAUAGUAAUCAAAGAAGCAAUACUGCCUUCUGAGAAGUACUCGCUUAAUGAAAAGAAAUUAUUUAAAUCUGUAUUAUAUCUUAAUGAUCACUCAAAUAAAGAACAUACUAUAUUUCAUCUCCUACAAAGUCAAAACAAUGAAGUUAUUUUUCAAGUUGUGAAAAUGCUGAAAUGCUUUGAAGAAGCACCCAAAGAAGUUGGGGCACCAAAAAAAGUCCAGAAAAAGAUGAUUUCAAGCUGUAAAGCUCAUGAUAAUGUUUAUAUAGUUCAAGUGCAUCGAUUGCUAAGAGAAGCUCAUACUAUAUACAAUGCUAACCAUAGCCAGAAUGACUCAGCUACACCUGAUGAGCUAAAAAACACAGAAAGGGGUAUCACUGCUGCAUUGGAUAUUAUUAUUCUGCUGUGUGACAGGCAGCACAGGGUUAUGCAAGAUGCAAUGAGAAAUAGCAAAGUUUUUAUCAGCGGUUCUAAUGUUGUCAGCCAAGUUGCUCUCUUACUGUUUUACAUUACUGAGCAUUUGGAUGAAAAUAAUGGCAUUAUAGCACAUACAGCUGUUAAAGCAUUAGUAAAAAUGUGUACUGGUAACUACAACAACCAACAUAUUGCUUAUAAAGGUCAAGUUGUCACUUCUAUCAAUUGCAUACUGGAAAAAAAUGGUGAAUCAUUUGCUGAGCUAAAAUCCUCAUGUAUCAAAUUGCUAGAGGUGAUGCUGGAGGAAAUAGAUGAAAAUUCAUCUAAAUUAGCCAUUUUUAUAGCUGAUCACUUGAAAAUAGACAAACUGUAUCAAGAAAUGCGUGAUCUAUGGAAGCUAAAAGUAUCUAUUGAAUAUACAAUGGAGGACACAUUAAAGUUGUGUAGAGUUUAUCAUAUUUUAAAACGAAUUGCAGACUAUAAAGGAAGAAAUAUUGAUAAAUUAAUUUGCCCAGAUAAAGAGGAUGAUGAAGAGUCAGUUUGCCCAGAUAAAGAGGAUGAUGAAGAGUCAGUUUGCUCAGAUAAAGAGGAUGAUGAAGAGUCAGGUUGCCCAGCUAAAAAGGAUGAUGAAGAGUCAGGUUGCCCAGAUAAAAAGGAUGAUGAAGUUCAUCAAGCAAUGUGGAAAUGCUGUGAGCAGUGGUCUAGAAGUGUUGAAAUUGUUUACAAAUUAAAUGAAGACAAAGAUAUAGUAACUCGAGCAUAUUUUCCUUUUACUCCUCAUUUACAUAUUAAAGGCAAGAAUGAUAUACAGUUAGAAAUCAAAAGAAGCACUCCUCAAGAAAAACUACUUGAUCUUAUUAAAUUGACAAAAGCUGUUGGAAAAACUCACAAAAUAAAGGAUAAUUUUAGAAAUAGCUUGUGUAUCGGUAUGUUUUUUCAUUUAAACAAACUUCUUUUGAUAUUCUUGACAAUUUUAUUAAAUUUGAUUGUUCUCUUUACAGUCAAUACUCCACCAAAUUACAAUAUGCCUGAUACUAAUGAUGGAGUCUGCACAGCCAAUGAAACAUACAAUGAAACAUGUAACAACAGUACCAGUAGCAGUCCAAUGUACUUCCAGCCCAUCUGGUAUCCUGAUAUACCAGUGUGGUCUACAAUAAUUUUGGGAAUUCUUGGCUUUAUACAUUUCAUACUGGCAGUACUGAUGGUAAUUGAAUACUUUCAUAGAAAUGGGAGAAAUUUGACAUUGUUCUCAUGCCAGGAAUUAUGUUAUGGCUCCUUAAAGAUGCUUUUAGGCAGAUACCUAGUUCAUCGACUUCAUAUACAAGGGCCACGGCAAUCUAAUAAGUUUUAUAAAAUACCUUUUUUUAGUUUUCAGCCACUCUAUCGUAUCUUCUUCACAAUCUGUUCAUUUGUGGCAUGGAUUCCAUACCCGCCACUUUCAGGGCUAAGAUACCUUUACUGUUUAUGUAUACUCUACCCAUUUUUAAAGUUUGAUGUUAUGUCUUUUAUUUCAAGAGCUAUUAAAAAAAGCAUCAAACGGCUAGCCUCAGUCUUCUUGCUGUGUUUUAUUUUCAUAUAUAUUUAUGCUGUCAUCAGUUUUGCUUUCUUGAAUAAUUACUUCUCUGAAGAUAGAGAUCAGUUUUGUGGUAGUUUAUUGCAAUGCUUCUUCACUGUAUCUCGUUUGGGACUACUGAGCACCUUAGGAUCUGAGCUUGAUAUUCGUCCUAGUGACUACGAGCCUGACUUUAAACUAUAUGUUUUUCGUACUUUCUAUGAUCUUAUAUUUUUCAUUGUUGUCACAACUCUUGGUCUUAGUAUCAUCACUGCUACACUUGUGGAUAGAUUUUCUGAAAUGAGGGAGAAAUCAGAUGAAGUUAAUGAAGAUAAUGAAAGUAGGUGCUUUAUUUGCAGUAUUGAAAGAAGCAAGUUUGAUAAAAAUUUUAAGACUCAUGUAGAAAAGGAGCAUAACAUGUGGAAUUACAUGCGUUUCAUUAUGUAUGUGAAACACUGUUGUCAUGAAAAUGAUCACAAUGCUCUGGAAAAAUAUGUUUAUGAAAAGGUCAAACAUGAAGGUAAAGAAUCUAUUGAUUUCUUUCCGCUGCAUAGAGCUAAAUCUUUACUACAUUAUAAGCAUCAGGACAGUGCAACUGAGGAACAGUCCACUCAGCUUCAACAAGCGUCAGAAGAACACAGGAGGCAGGGUUUAGUUGUGAGACAUGAGGCAGACCAUCAAACAGAGGACAUGAGGAGACGAAAUACCAUCUGAACUUUGCUGGAUACUAAUAGCCUAGUACAUGUAAUUAGUAAUAGAUUAGUGAGUUUUACAGUUUGAAGUAGAUUAAUGGAACUAUCAUAAAACUAAUAAUGAUAGACUUUUAUGCUGCAUAAUAAUAGUUUUUGCUGAUAGUUAUAAUUUUGCUUAUAGUACAG